UUGAAAAAAAAAAGGGUGAAAAGCACCCAGCCCUGCAGCACAAGUUGGCUUGAUACAGGACCAAAAGAAAUUAAUGAAAUCAGUUUAGAAAUGCCCCACUCCUCUGGCACAAGACAAAUUCAGUUGUGCACAGACUGAUUUAUUAAUGCCUUAAGGAGCUAAAUUUAAGUUCUCUAUCCUGUCCAGAGUGAGUCAAUGGUCAGUUCCCAAAAAAGAACAUUGCAAGAACUAAGUUCAGUGUGAGGAACCUCCAAGUAGAGACCAACCAGCACCCCCUGUUCUCUGCAGCCAGAGGGCUUCUGCAGAGGGGAUCUGCUGCUGCCAAGGUCCCUCAAAGAAUUUCUGCGUGGAGGAGGGAAGACAGAGAACCAAAAAGGUCCAACCAGCUCACAGCCAUGAACAACAAGCCAAUAAGAACUAGAAAUUCGAACGAGAAGAGAAAAUGUCUCAGGAAGGAACUGAAUCCUUGGCCACAAGUGUACAAGUAAAAUGCAAUGGGCAAAGGCAAAGCUGAGCAGGGCAAGGUGAAAGUUUAGGUUUAGGUGUCUGCAGUAUUAACAUUUCAAGGUAAAGCAGAUGCUUAAGCCCACAUCAGAGUCAAUGGAGCAUUAGCAAGUACAGUCUGGGGAGUGAUUCAGCCCACCCUAAACCAGAAAAGUGCACUUAAAGGAAUCAGCCCUCUGGACUCUGUGAACUGUGUCAAUCCAUCUCCACUCACCACAGUGUGGCCUUAGGGGUCUGUUUCACACAUAGACAACUACACUGAGACAUCCAGAGAUGAAUCCAACCCAAAACAUCAUACACCUUUUCACUGUGUGACUUGCCUACACUUAAUUAUGAUGAUAUCUCACACCCCCCACUGCAUUUUUCCUUUUGUAAACUGCAAAGUUGCUCCACACAAGAGGUCACCACCAUCAGCCUCAUUGUACAGUGACGUGCAAAGAUAAGUGAAAUAACCUUGCCAAGAUCAGAGGGGCAGAGGAGGACAAGGAACCCAGGUGUCUUGAAGCCUCGUGGUGCGGGGACGUUGCUACAUCUGCUCUUCCUGUGUGAUUGCACUCUGAUCCCCUCUGACUGCCCUUUGCACAAAUAUUACAUAACAUAAAUAUUAGAGGAGUCAGCAAUUAUACUAAUCAUAAAUAUUAGAGGAGUUAACAACUAUACUAAUCAUAAAUAAACUCAUGAGAAACCUCAGAGGGUCAAAGAGGGAACAUGUGCCUUAUAUCAUAGGCAUAGGGACUGCACGCGCCUUAGGUCAUAAGAUCAUAGGGACUGCACGUGUUUUAAUCAGCUCUCUGUAAAAAAAAAAAAAAAAAAGGAAAAAAGGUGUUAAAAUAAUUAAUUUUUAAAAUAAAGAUAAUUAAAGAAAAAAAAACCUUUCCUGCCUCACCAGUGCCAGAAUAACCCCGUCUCUGUCAGGUCUGCUGGAGGAAAAAAGCUGCUCAAUGAGUGCAUCUGCUGCAAAGCAGUGUCAGUGCUCUGAGCAGGGACACUGCUCAAUCAACACAGAUCAGGGAAAAGAGGGAUGUCCUUGAAAAUUAGAUGAAUCGUUAGAUGCUGAAGUUGGUCUCACCUUAGAAUGGGGCAAGAGGUUUGGGAUAGAGGCACUGCCAUCUCACAGCCCUGCCUGAAACCUGGUCAAGCUGUGCUUAGAGAUGGAGAGGUUUGCAGAGAUCAAGCACCUUCCACUGGGGCAGUGGGAAGUGGGUGGCCCUGGUACCUGUGCCAAAGAUGCUCAGAGUGAUGCCCAGACCAAGUUGUCACUGCCAGAUGACACCUAUAAACCUAAUCUCUCUGUGCCAGCUCUAAGAGGAAGAGGGAAAAUGCAGGAGCACCACAGGUGGUGGGUAUGAAUCCGUUCUGGCUAGAAUUCCUAGGUGUCCAAAUGGGUCUCCAACUACAGUCACUCCUGAUGUUCAGAGCUGUGUAAGGGAAAAGACAAGUCCAUGAAUUAAUAUGUCAGUGCUCUACUGCCUGCACCAGGCUUCCUCCCCAGGCAGUGGUUUCUUUUCUCUUUCUGAACUACUUCCUUGGAUGGUCCCCCUCCCUUUCCCUAGUCCUUGACAUGGACAUACAGGUUUUCCAACUUCCCAUCCCAGGUUUUCCUGAGACUUGCUGGUUUCUCAUGGUUCCUCUGGUAGAGGCUUCUCCAUUUUCAAGAGGCUUUGCAAGUCUUAGUAAUGCACAUGGGCAAAACUGCUGAACACAGAGAAAUAAGCAUCGAAUCCUUAUCCUUAUCUGCUCCAGGAAGCAGAGCUUUACAGGGCUGCUCCAGCCUUGGCCCCUGAGAGAUCUCCACCAUGUAGGGAUUGACACACUUGGCCCCACAUGAUGAGAACAAUGUCUUUCUAUGAGAAAUGUCGCCUGAGGGUGAGAGAGUUUACAAGGGGCUGAAUCUCUCCCAGGGGUUCAGAAGUGCCUGACUGGUGAUGUUGGGAAGAAGAGCCUUAAGGAGUCACAUCUGCAUUAGCACAUGAGGCUGCAUUCAGGUCUGGAUCACCCUCAAGGAGUUUUUAUAGGCAAGAUCUGACCUCUUUGACACAGGAGAUGCUGGUGGCUGAGGAAUGGGAGGGGACACCAUGAGCCACACAUAACAGGGUAAGCUUGAAAACUUCAGCUUGUUGCAGAAUGAUGGAGAAGGCACCUGCUCCCUGUUGAGGAGGAUAGGGUCAAAAUGCAUCUGCCAGAGCAGAUCUCCCUGGCUGUCAUCCCACAAAAAGGUCAGAGGGCAAAAGGAAUUUCUGGAGGUUGUCUAGCUCAAACUCCAGUUCAAAGGGUGUCUCUGAAAAAUAACAAGCCCCCUCACUCAAGGGUGUGGAUCCAGAGCCCAGUGGGGUGUGUGCAGAUGAUAAUAAACACCACUGCUGUGAAUUUACACAACUCUAUAAGUAGCAUUUACUCUUCCCUUCCUUCACUAAUAGCACUAACCAGUAUGAUCUCACACUCCCUCUCCUGGUGAGAGGUCAUGCUUUAAAAUCCAAUAUUUUACCCCUCUUCCCACUUCCAUAAGCACAACAAUGCCAUUCCCAGGCAUGAAACAUCAAUCUAGGCUUGUGUGACCCCCUAGUAACUUUGCUGGAGGCUCAUACAUGCUGUCUGCAUUGAGAGGGAAGGACAAAGAAUUUGAGAGGAGACUUGAAGUGAGCAGGUCAGUGAGCUGUCCUUAUUGCUCUGGUGAAAGCAGCCAGGAGAGCUUUCCAAAGUAAACACCAAAUUUCAUACACUGAGUGCAAUCCAGCUAUCCAGUUUGCAGGAAUAAAGAUACAAACCACUCAGGGAGUUUGCCUAGGAAGCGACUCAGAUGCGCAGCAGAAAUCAGGUCAAUCUGCUUUUCAAGUGACAUCGGAACCUCAGGCAAAACCAAGCUGGUGUGGUUUCCCAGAUCCUGUGUGCUCUGUGUGUCUGUGUGUGUAACGUGCUGUUUUCCCUAAGGGUACUCUCUGAGCCAAACCUAUUUUAGGAUUCUCCCCAAGACACUGCAGUUUAGGUCUAGUUUUAUGACUAACCCGGGUUUCUACACGGGGCAAAUUAAAACAGACAGCUUGGGACACAGCUGUCAAGGCCAAGUCUACUUGACUACCAGCCAUAUUUCCUGGUCCAGAGGAGAAGUGGUUUUCUGCUUCCCUUUCCUAUAGUCUCCAGGAUGGGUUAUAUAACCAUGAAUGGGAGCAGCAAAUUCACUCCUUUUGUUUCACCCCACUCAGGAAAACUACCCCUCGUUUGUAGGGUCACAACUUCAUGUCUCAGACAAAAACCUUGCACUGCAGCACAGUUGCUUUCAGGAGGCCUUGUGAGAAAUUCCAGGCUGGAAAAAGACAAGCUGUUUCUGUGCUGUCUCCAAGAGUGGCAAUGCUCUUUGUUCUGCUCCUGAGCAAAGAACAGCAGGAAAUGGUUGGUGAUAAAGUACACCCUGGAGGACAGCACCAUAUCAUCAUAAUGAUGAACGUGCUGGUACAGGUGCUUGUUUUAUCACUGGAUUAGGGGUUUAGUGCUGACACAGCUUAAACAUUAAUAUUUGCCUAUUUAAGCCAGAUGCACUAGCACAGCCUGGCCAGAGAGGUAAUCACCAUGGCUGAUUUCGGAGAUGUCAUAAGUGCUCUGGGGGAGUUUGGGCUAUACCAGAAACUGCUGAUCCUGUUGCUCACCCUCCCGCUCCUUCUUAAUCCUUUCCAAAUGGUUGGCCAAGUGUUCAUGGUUCUGGAUGUGCCCCACCACUGUAACACCAGCUGGAUCCGCGCCGUCGGCCCCAACCUGACGCUGGAAGAGCAGCUGAACCUCACCCUGCCCCGGGAUGCGGACGGGAAUUACGAGCAGUGCUCCAUGUACUCCCCGGUGGACUGGGACCUGGACUCCAUCGUGGCAUACGGCCUGAACGCCACGCAGAAGUGCAGCAAUGGCUGGGUGUACCCAGCAGAGCCACCAUCCCUGCUGACCGAGUUUGACCUGGUGUGUGAAAGGACGAUCCUGAACGACAUCUCCCAGUCCAUCUACAUGGCUGGGCUUCUCGUAGGAGCCAUGUUCUUUGGGGUGCUAAGUGACAGGAUUGGCCGCCGGCCAGUCAUUCUGAUCUGCAUGCUCCUCCAGGGCAUGUUUGGUCUAGGAACUGCCUUUGUGCCCCAUUUCUAUGUCUACAUAGCCAUCAGGUUUGUCGUGGGGUUUGCAGCGUCAGGAAUUAUGAUUACUGUCGUGGCCCUGGGUACAGAGUGGGUUGGAGUCUCCUACCGGCCACAGUCAGUGCUUAUUGCUCAGGCUGCUUAUCCCAUCGGAAUGAUGAUGGUGGCUGGAUUGAGCUAUGGAAUCCGCAACUGGAGGCUGCUGGAGAUUGCAGGAUCUGCUCCUAUGUUUCUCCUUUUCUUCUACAUCUGGGUGCUCCCAGAGUCAGCUCGGUGGCUGGUGACAAAAGGCAGGAUGGAGGAAGCCAAGAAGCUCCUUCAGAAGGCGGCGGCCACCAACAAGCGCAGCCUCCCGGAAGGACUCCUGGAGCAGUUGAAACCUGAGAAACAAACCAAGUCUGGAAGUCUUCUGGAUCUCUUUCGGAAGAAGCACCUCCGGAAGGUGACUUUAAUCAUGUCGUGUGCCUGGUUUGCAGACAGCUUUGUCUACUAUGGACUGAGCCUUAGUGUGACAGGUUUUGGUCUGGACAUCUAUGUGACACAGCUGGCCUUUGGGGCCGUGGAGUUUCCAGGUCGAGUUUGCCUCAUUUUCCUGCUGGAGUGGUUUGGGAGGAAGAAAGUGCAGGCCCUAUUCCUGAUGCUGUCUGGCCUGUUGUGCCUCGCCCUCGCUGGCAUUCCUGAAGACCAGCCCGUGGUCAUCACCGUCCUGGCCAUCACUGGCAAGUUCACAGCCACAACCGCUUUCGCCGCCUCCUACGUCUACACCGCAGAGCUCUUCCCCACGGUCGUCAGGCAGACCGGCGUGGGGCUGUGCUCCACCAUGGCGAGGGUGGCCGGGAUCCUGGCCCCGCUGAUCAUCCCCCUGGACCGGUAUCACCGGGCCAUCCCCAUGGCCGUCUUCGGGAGCAUCCCCCUGCUUGUGUCACUGUCCUGCAUCCUGCUGCCUGAGACCCGCGGCGUCAGCCUGCCAGAUGACACAGGGAAGGGCAAAACCCCAGAUGAGAAAGAGAAGACUGGAGAGGUUCUAAGAGAGUUUUCUAAGAGAGACUCCAGAGAGGAGGAAGCAGACUUGGAGAAGGACAACUGAAGGUGCUCAGAAAUCAAGCCAUGAUUGGACAGGCACACACUAAUGGUCUAGUCAGAUUCAGUCUUUCUUGAAGCCGGCCAGGGAGGCACUGCUGCCUGGAAACUGGUCUUUCAGAUGAUGAACACAAUACCCAUGGUCAGAGGGAGAGGAGAUCUGUGUCACCCUGUGUUUGGGAAACACGCACUUCAGACUGUUCCUCAAGCCCGGUUCUGCCAUGCCUGGCUGCGCAGAGAGUCCUCCCGACGUGUUUUCCCAGUCCUUCACAAACUGGUACCCGUGGAACCAUCCCUGUCGUGUUUUACAGCAAUAAAGAAUCGCCAGCAGAGUGGUUGUACUGGGCAAGCGGGCGCCGGGCUGUGUCCCUCCUGCACUAACGGCCUGGGCCGGCACCUCCUCGCCGGCCGAGCCCCCACGUUUGAUCAGGAUGUCACUGAAACCCCGUCACACACGUAUUUAGUUUUUCUUUCUGUGUGGUGUUGAAGUUGAGUUUCUACAUGAAUAAUAUAAAUUAUGCUCUGAGUUUGAUAAGAGACACUUGUAAUGCAAUAUGUGAAUAAUAAAUGGUGUUGACUCUUU